AUGCUCUCCUAUCGGGGCACAUUACCACUGAGCCGUAAAAUAGUAGUAACUGGGGUUGUCUCUGCCAGUUCGCAGUCGUCGUUACACUGCUGGCGCGUUUCAAACAAAAGUCGGGGUUCAAAAACCAUGUGUGAUAAAAGUCAAGACGGAGAAUUAUCUCCGCUCUCAUUGUUCGGCAAGAUUUUUGCCCGAGAUUGCCAUGAUGAUUUGAUUAAAUUGAGCGGAGUGAAAUGUGGACGGAAAAACCUACCUACCUGUUUGUCUGUCUAUCUAUCUAUCUAUCUAUCUAUCUAUCUAUCUAUCUAUCUAUCUAUCUAUCUAUCUCAGUCUCUUGAGAUCUAUCUAUCUAUCUAUGUCAGUCUGUGGUCUAUCUAUCGAUGUACUCUAUCCAUAUCUAUCUAUCUAUCUAUCUAUCUAUCUAUCUAUCUAUCUAUCUAUCUAUCUAUCUAUCACAGAGAUUUUCCUAUCACAGAAAUUAAUUCUGUUCAUAUCUAUCUAUCUAUCUAUCUAUCUAUCUAUCUUUUUCUCUAUUUCUCUAUCUCUCUCUCAUGA